GGAAAACAGGUGAUGAUCUGAGGGUCAAAUGAGACAUCUAGUGACUGCACAGCAGAAAUAGAAGAUAAAGGCAAGUAUUUGGGUUCUGUCCAAGUGAGAUUUAGAUUGUAACACACAUUUUCUUCCAGGAAGAAUAUUUUUGUAAUAUUGCGCAAUAUGCUUGAUUAAAACAUUUCUGUAGUUUUAAACAUAAUUCUGAACUAAACUGACUAUAACUCAGGGAUGAGUUGUCAGAUCUAGUUUAGAUGCUCUGAAGCGACUAUGAACAUCAAACUCAUGAGAGGACGGAUCAAAGCACAAACAGGUGGAGUAAAUGAUAGAAUCUUUAAGAGUCAAGUUGAUGGGGAGAAACCUAAUUCAUGACUUGUACCAGGUACAGGGUUAAUCACUGCUGGGCUUGGCAGCACACAAUCCUGUCUGAAACAGAACCCGGCACAGUACAAUACUAACAAUCAGCAGCAUGUCCAUUCAGUCAGACUCCUUACAGGACGGAGGGGAAACAAUAAUCCGUCAGGGACGGAGGCAAACUGAUGGAAUAAAUACACAAGCAUUGAACAGACGCCAAGAGACCAGAACUGAGGAACAUACUGAAAAACAGAACUAACAAAAUAAAACAUCGAGUCCGGCGAGCGGCCGGCAUUAAACAGCAGGUUUGGAAUCAUGGAACAAGAGACACUGUGAUAUUAGUGUGUUCUCCACCAGGUCCGUCUCUGGUGUAACACUGUUCUUUUCAGUUGUAGACCUCCACCUUCCUUCCUUCCUAAAUGAUCUUGUAGUUGACGUGAUGUGUCCUGUUAAUUCUUUAUCUUCAGACUGAGUGGUAACUGUGUAAUUCAGGGUGCUUCAUACCCAGCGCUGCAGGGUUCAUCUUGCAGCCACCGUCACAUCCUCUCAGACUGUCGCUAUGCAAGCAAUAAACGGUCACUAAUGAAGUUUGCAGGAGGUUCCUCACACUCGACCUUUCACCGUCCUCACAUUCCUCACAGCGGCAGAACACACCAGGGCUCUGCUGGAGCUCGCUCUGAUGCCUCAGUUCAGGAGGGCGUCCAAACGUUGGAAGCAUCUCUAAAUGCAUUUUGAAGAUGACGUUGAACCUUAAGCCACAGAAUGCGAAAGAUUUUACCUGCACUACAUUCAAACAUGAAGCAGCUUAAAAUAAAGGUAAAAUUAUCAGUAGGUAGAUGGAGAUAUUGCAAAACCUCAAAACCUUUACUUUGAAAUUCAUGAAUUUCAGGCACAUCUGCUGAACCCAUUAAGACACACACACACACACACACACACACACACACACACACACACACACACACACACACACACACACACACACACACACACACACACACACACACACGCACGCCAAGUUUGUAGUUUAAAACAUGAUAAACAAAGAAAAGGAAAAUGGAACACCAAGUUAUUGCUAACCUAUUAUUCAAAUAACCAUUUUUACUCCCACCGUGCAGAGGUAGUAAAGCGCAGUUUUUGAAGACACACACAUGCUGCUGCACUUCUGUACCAAAGGGUGAAUCGUGUUGUGCAAUCAGACCCCCAUUCUCCUUUCUCCAUCGUGAGGGAAGGGGACGUUGGACACAGGGAGGGAUUUAAAACCGGGCCGGGGGCAGCACAGGUUUGCAGGAGGAGCCCUGUUCCUGAGCCGAGGGAAGAGAAGACGGGCAGAGCAUCGUGCUGGAGCUGAGCGAGCGCAGACGUUCAAAAUGCUGAGGUUUGUGAUGCUGACCUGCGCUCUCUGCAUGGGAGGACGCGGCGCCGCUGGACAGAGAGACGGAGAAAUCAUCAGUCAGAUCAAACUGACCAACCUCGCCCUGGCUGAGAUUAAGGAGUUCCUCAAACAACAGAUUAAGGAAAUAGUCUUCCUGAAGAACACGGUGAUGGAGUGUGAAGCCUGUGGCAUGGGGGGGCUGCCGCCUCGCCCGUCCUGCGUGCCCAACCCCUGCCACCCGGGCGUGGCCUGCACCGUGACGCCCCAGGGAGCCCAGUGUGGAGCCUGUCCCGACGGCACCGAGGGCAACGGCACCCACUGCGCCGACGUGGACGAGUGCUCGGUGGGGCCGUGUCACAUGGGGGUGCGCUGCAUCAACACGUCCCCGGGCUUUCGCUGCGGUUCCUGUCCUGCCGGAUUCACGGGCCCCCAGGUGCAGGGCGUCGGCCUCGCCUACGCCACGGCCCACAAACAGGUGUGUAAGGACAUCAACGAGUGUGAGGGCCCCAACAGCGGAGGUUGCGUGGAGAACUCUGUCUGCAUGAACACCCCCGGCUCGUACAGGUGUGGCGCCUGUAAGACAGGCUACGUGGGUGACCAGAAACAGGGCUGUAAACCUGAGCGGGCGUGCGGGAACGGACAGCCCAACCCCUGCCACGCCAGCGCAGACUGCAUCGUCCAUCGGGAGGGGACCAUCGAGUGUCAGUGUGGAGUGGGCUGGGCUGGAAACGGCUACGUCUGCGGCCCCGACGUGGACAUCGACGGCUUCCCCGACGACAAACUGGACUGUGCCGAGAGAAACUGCAACAAGGAUAAUUGUUACAGCGUUCCCAACUCCGGUCAAGAAGACGCAGACAGCGAUGGAAUCGGAGAUGCCUGCGACGAGGAUGCCGACGGAGACGGGAUCCUAAACACCCAGGAUAACUGUGUACUGGUGCCCAACGUGGACCAGAGGAACAUUGAUGAGGACGACUUCGGAGACGCGUGCGACAACUGCCGUGCUGUAAAAAACAACGACCAGAAGGACACGGACGUGGACAAAUUUGGCGAUGAGUGUGAUGAAGACAUCGAUGGUGAUGGAAUCCUCAAUCACCUGGACAACUGCAAGAGGGUUCCCAACGCUGACCAGAAGGAUCGAGACGGAGACAAAGUGGGCGACGUCUGCGACAGCUGCCCUUACGUCCCCAACCCCGACCAGGUGAAAGGCCGCACGCAGUCACGUCAGGACUCCUGUGCCGAGCACCAUGUGAUUCCUUUAUUCCCGUUUCAGACGGACGUGGACAACGACCUGAUCGGAGACCCCUGCGACACCAACAAGGACAGUGACGGAGACGGUCACCAGGACUCCCGGGACAACUGCCCCGCCGUCAUCAACAGCUCGCAGCUGGACACCGACAAGGACGGCAAAGGGGACGAGUGCGACGACGACGACGACGACGACGGCGUCCCGGACCUGCUGCCGCCGGGCCCUGACAACUGCCGGCUGAUCCCCAACCCUCUGCAGGAGGACUGGGACGGCGACGGCGUGGGAAACGUGUGCGAGAGAGAUUUCGACAACGACACUAUUGUCGACACCAUCGACGUCUGCCCAGAAAACGCAGAGGUCACGCUCACCGACUUCAGGGCGUAUCAGACGGUUGUUUUGGACCCAGAGGGGGACGCACAGAUCGACCCCAACUGGGUGGUGCUGAACCAGGGAAGAGAGAUCGUCCAGACUAUGAACAGCGAUCCUGGUUUGGCUGUUGGUUACACUGCUUUUAGCGGUGUGGACUUCGAAGGGACGUUUCACGUGAACACAGUGACGGAUGACGACUACGCAGGAUUCAUCUUCGGCUACCAGGACAGCUCCAGUUUCUACGUGGUGAUGUGGAAGCAGGUGGAGCAGAUCUACUGGCAGGCCAACCCGUUCAGAGCCGUGGCAGAGCCCGGCAUCCAGCUGAAGGCCGUCAAGUCCGACACGGGUCCAGGGGAGAACCUGAGGAACGCGCUGUGGCACACCGGCGACACCAGCGACCAGGUGAAGCUCCUGUGGAAAGACGCCCGCAACGUCGGCUGGAAGGACAAGACCUCGUACCGCUGGUUCCUGCAACACCGGCCCGCGGACGGCUACAUCAGAGUUCGUUUCUACGAGGGCCCCAAGAUGGUGGCCGACACAGGCGUCAUCAUCGACGCCACCAUGAGAGGAGGCCGACUGGGAGUGUUCUGCUUCAGCCAGGAGAACAUCAUCUGGGCCAACCUGCGAUAUCGCUGCAAUGACACUCUUCCUGAGGACUUCGACACCUACAGAGCCCAGCAGGUCGAGCUGGUUGCCUGAGCUGAGCUGAGAGGAUUCUGGAAAGAAUUUCCAACGCAAAAAUAAAAUCCAGCGUUUAAUGUAGACUUCAUCUGUGAAUUAUCUUCAGUCCAUAAAUGAUUCAUAUGCAGACUCCAGGCUAUACACACACUCCUGGGGGUACAAGUGUUAAACUGUAUCUGUUUAAAUUUCAGUGAAAAUGUGAAAUUAUUUAGUAUCAAGAUGUAAGCAACGCAAAUAAUGUGAAGGAAGAAACUAUCUGAAAGCACUGUCACAAAUGAAUAAAUGCCAAUUUUCCCAGAGUAAUGUAAAGCUCCUCUCCACCUGUGGUGUGAUGUGAUAGGUUAUAUGUAGACAGCUGAUUGGGCACUUCCACACAGAGUUGAUUCCAGUCUAAAAUAUUAUUAUUAUUAUUAUUAAUAUUAUAAACAGAACUAUAAACCAGAUGACUAACAGACGGGACUUCAAAUGCAACAGCUUUUAGUGGAAAUCAACAUUCUGAACAUUUCACAAGCAUGCACAUAUUCAAAAUAAUCUUUUCAAAUUUGCAUUUGAAAAUACAGGUUACAAAAUAGGAACGAUAGCAAAGACAGUAUACAACAGGUUUGAAAGGUCAUGCACGUCCACAGCAACACGCUGCGAUGUUGUAAAAUCACACCCAGUUUGUUUUCCUCCGUCAGACUUAUUCUGCAAAUCAAGACUAUGUGCAGAGAAAAAUCUGUCUUCCACAUUCAAUUUAAUUGACUUUCAUGUCAUAAACAAAUGGUCACAUAAGGAGAAUCACAUGGCAACAAAUAAAUAACUACAGAUCUUUUACUACAAUUUACAGGACAACAGUGAUAUAAUGCUAUUCUCACUAUAAGCUUUAAGUGGAACUGAAAUUGCGUGUUUCCAGAACCUUUUACACAUUUCUGUAAAUGAUGUUGUUUUGAAAAGAAAAUUUAUUAAAGGGACAUUUUCUUAAGAAUAAAACACUGCAAACAAGCAGUAAAUACUGA